CUGCCUAAAACCGUAGCGCUGUGCAUCUUGCUACUAAUCUCUGGUCGACACAUCAUUUUUUCUCACGACUAUGAUACUUCCGUACCGACCGAAUUUCGCAUCUCAUUCAGUAAAGUAUUAACACAAGUAGACACGAGGUUCGUAUUGGCUUGUAUAACGGGCAAUGGGUUACAAAGAGAAAAAUAAGAUUUCAUUAAAAUGGUGAGACGCACGCAUCCUAAGUACCUUUAAUAAUUAAAUGUCUAAAUUACUGGUAAAUAAUCGCACGUCCCACAAGCAACAUGUAAUGUGGGAGCCUUCGAGUGGUUAUUUGAGUGACUAGGAAAGUGUCAAAAUCAAGAUCUAUCCGAAAGCCGUUGACAAAGAUUUUUCACUCCCUUGGAUUUUUAGAAAAAUCAGUGUCGCUUUGUUGUGACAUUGUCUAGGUAAAAGAACUGUAUUUUAGAUGUUCGGAGCACGACUAUCGACUGGUAGUUAAUUACACUUAAUAACAUGAAAGAAUGAAACGAGACACUGUUAUUACCUGCCUGGAGCCAAACCGCAGGGCGCAAACGAUGACGGCUGUACUGGAUGGCAAUUACCAACAGUUGGAGCACUAUUCAGAUGGCAAUGAAGAAGCUGGUGAUGAGGAUGGUGAAGAGACACCACAGGAAUCUGGUGUGAUGAUCCAUGUGGUCCCAGAAGGUAAUAAAGCCAGAUGGAAUCACAUAGAAGAUCUGGAUUCAUUCUUUACGCGAAUGUAUCACUAUCAUCAGAAACAUGGGUUUGCCUGCAUGAUGCUCCAGGAAAUAUUUGAACUUGGGCAGUUCAUUUUCGUUGUCACGUUUUCCACAUUCCUCUUCCACUGUGUCGACUAUUCUGUCUUAUUCAGAGAUAAAAUAACGAACAGCACGUCGCACAAAAUUUCUAUCGGAGAUGCUAUAUUACCAGCUGGUAAAUGCGCGGAGUCAUUGGGUCCGAUCACUUGGAUAUGUAUCCUGAUAGCAACCAUCUUCUGGAUUUUACGGGCUGUCAAAGUCUUAUACCAUCUCACGCAAUUUUGGGAUAUAAAGUUAUUCUUUAACAUUGCGCUCAAAAUCGAAGACUGUGAGUUGGAUAAUUUGACCUGGCAUGAAGUUCAAAAGCGGGUCCGAGAGGUACAAAAGGAACAGGAAAUGUGCAUCCAUAAGAGGGAACUCACAGAACUGGACAUAUAUCAUAGGAUAUUAAGAUUUAAAAAUUAUAUGGUAGCUAUGAUCAACAAAUCACUUCUACCAGUGAGACUUAAAAUUCCAGUAAUCGGUGAAGUGAUAUUCAUGACGCGUGGAUUGAAAUACAACAUGGAGUUACUCUUGUUUUGGGGACCAUGGUCGCCAUUUGAAAAUAACUGGCACCUCAAGGAAGAUUACAAGAAAUUGAACAAGAGGCAGGAACUUGCGCGAUCUCUUUCAAAACACAUCCUAUGGGUUGGAGUAGCGAAUUUUAUGCUGUGUCCAUUGAUUUUGCUAUGGCAAAUUUUAUAUUCGUUUUUCAAUUACGGCGAGAUAAUCAAAAGAGAACCUGGCACUCUUGGAACACGUAUGUGGUCGCUCUAUGGCCGAUUGUAUCUUCGCCAUUUCAACGAACUCGAUCACGAACUAAAUGCACGUCUGAAUCGUGCAUACCGUCCUGCAUCGAAGUACAUGAGUAUAUUCACCUCACCUAUAAUGACAGUAAUAGCAAAGAAUGUCGUCUUCGUAGCGGGGAGUAUAUUAGCUGUUCUGAUAAUAUUAACAGUCUACGACGAAGAUGUUUUAACAGUAGAACAUGUCCUAACGACUUGUACAGUGUUGGGAGCAAUGGUUGCCGCAGCGCGAGCUUUCAUACCAGAUGAAAACUUAGUAUGGUGUCCCGAAACAUUGCUUACAGCAGUCCUGGCACAUACUCACUACAGACCGGACAGCUGGAGAGGACAUGCUCAUACUCAGUCGACCAGAGCACAAGUAGCUCAAUUGUUUCAAUAUAGAGCGGUGCAUCUUCUUGAAGAAUUGAUCUCUCCCCUUCUUACGCCAUUUAUUCUGUGCUUCCACAUGAGACAGCGGGCCCUAGAUAUCGUUGAUUUUUAUCGAAAUUUCACACUAGAGGUCACUGGUGUUGGUGACGUGUGCAGUUUCGCACAAAUGGAUGUUCGUAAACAUGGCAAUCCAAUGUGGCAGACCAUGGCUCAGAGUCCAAUUGAAGAUCAUAGUGCAGGUUUUGAUAAUAACUAUGGUAAUGAACCAGAGAAGCUGCACAUACCCUUGUCAAAUCAGUAUACUCAGGCGGAAGAUGGUAAAACGGAAUUAUCCUUGAUUCACUUUACUCUAACAAAUCCUGAAUGGAAACCACCUAGUCACGCCGAGACCUUCGUCACGGCCCUUCGAGAGAGAGCCAAGAAGGAAGUAACCGAAGGUGUUGUAGGGGAUAUGAAUCCUUUGUAUGCGAGUUUGAACAGUCUUUCCAGUUUGGGACCCGGGUAUAAUGAUUUAGUCUCGAGUAUUAUUCGUAGUACAAUGAUGCGCGAAACAAGUGUACCCAGUAUGAGCAACAUGUUCUCCAAUCAUCCAGGAAUGUCAAAUACUUCCGCUCCGGAAGAUGGAGCCGGUAGCGUUAGAUCAGAUUUUACGUCUCGGGCUGUGAGACGUGGUUUAAACAAAACUGAAGGUCCUUUACACAACGAGAGAAGUUUAUUGUACGGUUUACAACAAGGAAUGUCUAACCAGUCCUUGGGUGCUUCGGUAUUUGGAUCAGGGCACGAAUUUUCAAACAAUAUAUCCGUACCGAUAGAACUUACUGCUGCCGAUAUGUCCUUAUCUACAUUGUACCUGCACGAACUUCAUCAUAGACAAGUAAGGAGACGAGGUUAUCAAGAAAUGGCAACUAGAAGCAUAUGGCAGCGAAGUCCCGUUCAGGAAUUGGCUACCUUACCAGAGGUCAGACAAGAAAGGGCACCGUUGCUGCUUCAUCAGGAUUCAUCGAUAAGGAAUAACAGAGAUUCCUAGCAGUACGUUUGAGUCUUUCGUGUUAACUAACGGUUAGUUAAUUUUUGCGCAAUGAUCUUUUCAAACAAUAAACUAUUUUUAUCCAUUUUACGAAA